AUGAUUAGAUCAGUCGUACCCAAGCUCCGCAGACUACCGACGGUGUUUGUUAGACGUACGCAUUUCCAAGUGCCGUUUGAGGACGACUUGACCACUGUUGAUGAUGAUGACUUUGGGUUGGCUGGGUUCCAGUUGUAUAAGGAAUCUCCCGAUGUCUUAAGACAAAAGGAAUUACUUGGACUCGAGCUGAGGUCUGAUGUUGCAUCUGCAGAGCCGGUGCCAGCUACAGCUGCUGCUACUGCAUCUCUUUCAGAGACAGCUUGUCUACGUCAACCAAUCAUCUUUAGUUCCAAGCUUCAUGAUCCGUACCUUAACCUUGCGAUUGAAGACUACAUCUACAACCAGAUGCCACUCCCUACAUCUGAAGACGAACACAAUUGCAACAGACUAAUGCUCUACGUCAACUCUCCAUGUGUUGUGAUCGGUAAGAACCAGAACCCAUGGGCAGAAACCAACCUACCCUUGUUGAAUGCCUUGGGGAUCCCCUUGGUCAGACGUCGUUCUGGUGGUGGAACUGUGGUUCACGAUUUAGGCAACGUCAACUAUUCAUUCAUGACCACUAAGCAAAAGUUUGAUCGGUUCAAUUUCAGUCGACUUAUCACCGAAAGUAUCACUGAGCUUUGCUCUUUGAAGGUUAACGACCGAGGAGAUAUCGUCGAUGGUCCAACCGGUAAGAAAGUCAGUGGUUCAGCGUAUAAGCUUUCCAAGGGUAAAUCGUAUCAUCAUGGUACAAUGCUUCUAUCACUGAAUUUGGACGUUCUAAGGAGGCUUCUUCGUCGUGAUGAAGCCAAGGUCGGUCAUGUGGACUUAAAGAGUUCCGUCAAGUCUGUAAGAUCUCCGGUAGUUAAUAUUGGCAUUCCCAUCGACAGGUUCAUUCAAUUGGUUAGUAGUGGGUUCGCACUGAAUUACGGGGUAACCGUGCUGCCCAUCAAUGAGUUGGACGAGAUGCUAGGUCUACCAAGCUUUGCCGAAAAUGCCUGUACUACAUUCACCAUCGACGAAGACACACCGUUACCGGUGGAGGUGCUUCAAACAGUGGAAGAACUUAAGCAAUGGUCCUGGAGGUUUGGCCACACUCCACUGUUCACUCAUACGUUCAAGAGUGCGACUCAUGGUCUACAAGUGACGUUCCAUAUAGGUAAGAAUGCUAGACUUAUUGACUUUGAGAUAGCAACAGAAACAACAGGUGGUGCAACUGCUUCUAGUUUUGAUAUGCUUAGACUUAUGAUCAACACUCAUGGAUACGUUGAGUAUAAAGGCAGCACCAUCGCUGGUUUUAUUACAGACGAUUCCAUUAGUGAAUGGAUAGGAGUAUCGAUAGAUGGAACAUCUUAA